AUGGCGAACGUGGACACCUGUGACAGCCUCUUUGGGCCUGUGGCUAUCGCGACAGUAGUGGCAGGAAUUCAAGUCGUGCUGCUUGUAUUUAGUGCGACGCAGAACUACCCCGCAAAAUAUGUGUCACUUGCGGGUGCUACCAUCAGCCUUAUAGUGGCAGUUUUCAUCGUUGUUCUGCUUCAUUUAGAGCAUAGCCGGGCUGUUCGACCCUCGUUCCUUGCUUCUGCAUAUCUGUUUAUUACGGUGCUUCUAGACACCGCUCGAGUACGCACAGCCUGGCUGUUACCACAUGGUAUAGCAUAUCCAGCCUGCCUCACUGCGUCUCUGGUCACCAAGCUGCUUCUCCUGGUGCUAGCGAAUGUUGAAAAACGGAAAUGGUUGUUGCCGGCCGAAAAGAAUCAGUCUAUUGAGAGUACAAGCGGGCUCUUUAGUCGGGGAUUGUUUGCCUGGCUCAAUGAAUUGCUGAGAAAGGGACAUACCUUGCUGCUCACUAGCGAUUCACUACCUAACAUUCAUGAGAAGCUGUCGUCUAGUGAUUUAUCCGACCGGUUUUCAAAGUCAUGGGCGCUGUGUGACCAGAAUCGUCAGCAUGCAUUGCUGCUGGCUAUCGUCAGUUGUCUUCGCUGGGAUAUUGCUGCUAUUGCUCUUCCUCGGCUCGCCCUGAUAGGGUUUAACAUAGCGCAGCCAUUUCUAGUUGGAAAAACCGUCACAUUCCUCGAACAGACUGAAUCUUCGUUGAAUAUUGGUUAUGGAUUGAUAGGAGCCAUCGCGAUCGUCUUUAUUGGAAUUGCUGUAACUACGGCAUCAUACGAGCACCUAGGAUUUCGUGCUACGACUAUGGUCCGUGGUGGACUUAUGGCUCUUGUCUAUCAGCACAUGAUGGAGCUGCCACUGGGUAGCACCGAUGAGUCUAGUGCCAUGUCCCUCAUGGGUGCUGACGUUGAAAUGCUUGCGGAGUACUUUCACUCUACAGUGUGCGAGUCUUGGGCUUGUAUUAUACAGCUGGGACUAGCUGCAUGGAUCCUUCAGACUCAGAUUGGCGUUGUCUGUAUCACACCCAUUAUAAUUGUAGCAGCUUUCACUGCUGCUUCUUUUGCGAUGGGCAAUGCUGUGUCUGCUCGCCAGAAGACAUGGCUACAAGCUACCGAGAAGCGCAUCAAUUUCACCAGCCAUGUCCUCAGCUCAAUAAAAAACGUGAAAUUUCUAGGACUAGCAGAGAUCAUAAAGGGAUCCAUUGAAAGCCUGAGGAUUGAGGAGCUUGAGAUCUCCAAGAAAUUCCGCCGAAUCCAAACCGUCCGUGUCUGCAUGAUAAACCUUCCAACAAUCAUUGCGCAGUUGGCCACCUUUGCGACCUAUGCUGUGGUUGCGAAGGUGCAAGGGUCUGAUGGUCUUUCCGUCUCACAAGCCACCACAGCCCUUUCACUGAUAAAUCUGUUAAUCAGUCCUCUCAUGCAUCUAUUACUGGCAGUUCCAGAUACAUUCGCAUCAAUAGGAUGUCUAUAUCGGGUCCAGGACUUCUUGAGACGUCCAAAUAUUGUUGGUAAGUACUCUGAGACACGCCCUGCUGAGCAAGAUGCACAGCGAAUUGACCUCAUUUACACAGAAAGAAGAAAAUUGCUCCAACCGGAAGCAGAUCCUUCUCAUAUACUACCUACGAGUUUAUCUGAAUUUGAACUCGGGACUAUGGGGAUUUCCUCAGAGAAUCAAUCCGACGUCCUGAUCUCCCUGCAAAAUGCCCGGUUUGGCUGGAGUAGCUCUCCGUCAGAUAUUGCUGGUAUCACACUCAAUUUGGGUCCCUUGCCUUCGGGUACUCUAGUUGCAAUUGUCGGUCCUGUCGGGAGUGGGAAGUCUACCUUCCUCAAAGGCCUCGCAAAUGAGACGUCUGUUCUCGACGGCGAAGCCUUCAUUAAGUACACAGACCUGGCUUUCUGUGAGCAAACUCCAUGGCUAACCAAUACGACAAUCCGGGAAAAUAUCAUUGGGGAGAAUUUAUCCGCUGCAUUUGACGCUAAUUGGUAUUCGACGGUGGUGAGCGCUUGUGCGCUGGAUUCUGAUCUUAAGAAGAUGCCAGCGGGUGAUGAGACGGUCGUUGGUAGCAAAGGCUCCAAACUUAGUGGAGGACAAAAGCAAAGAAUCGCUAUAGCGCGAGCUCUCUAUGCUCGCAAGAGGAUUGCGUGCUUCGAUGAUACUUUGAGUGCUCUUGAUAAUGCAACCGCUCGCCUGGUAUUCAACAAUAUCUUUGGCCCGUCUGGACUGCUGCGUCGACUGGGCUGUACUGUGUUCCUCACUACUCACAAUGUUAAAUAUCUACCGCAAGCCGACUUUAUAGUCGUACUCGGAAAGAAUGGCAAUAUUUUGGAGCAAGGCAGCUUCUCUCAGCUUGCCAAUCAUGCCGGAGGAUAUAUUAACCGGUUAGGCAUCCAGAUCGAGAAAGAGGAUAUGCAGGACGACAAUACAGUCGGGCUACCAGAGACUCAUGAAGUCAUGGAAAGCCACAUAUCCACCCCAAAUUCUACCGAUGAACGCCGCCAGACGUCUGAUAUCUCUGUUUACAAGUACUAUUUCUCUGCCAUGGGGUGGGUUCGAGUCUCUGUGCUGACUUUCCUACUGGUGGUAAAUGGCGGCAUUGGUGGACUCCGCAAUGCUUGGAUUGGGAUGUGGUCCUCUAGCGGCGACAGUGUUUCGAGCUCGGGAUUGGGUUAUUGGCUUGGAAUGUAUGGGGCAUUAUCUUUCAUCGAAGCCGCUUCGAUGGUUCUGGCGGUAUAUUGGACGUGGGUCGUCAUUGUACCAGCCGCAUCGAGAAAUGUUCAUGCUACCGUGCUGCAAACUUGCAUGAGUGCCCCUUUGUACUUCCUAUCUCACGUAGACACCGGCUCUCUCAUCACCCGUUUCAGCCAAGACAUGAGGUUAGUGGACAUGAUCCUCCCUCGAGGUUUCAUCACCACAGGAUUCCAACUUGUUGGGGCCCUUUCACAAGCCGCGAUUGCGAUAGCUGCAUUGCCCUAUCUGGCUGUAGCUCUGCCCUUCCUAGUUGGGAUGCUAGUGCUAGUCCAGCGCUUUUACCUGCGCACAUCUCGCCAGUUACGGCUACUAGAGAUCGAGCUCAAAAGCCCCCUUUAUACUCACUUCAUUGAAUCCCUCGCUGGUAUAGUCACCAUCCGUGCCUUUUCAUGGACUCCUGCUUCUACGUCAAAAAUGCUUGAUUUACUCGACAAGUCCCAAAGGCCAUUCUAUCUACUGCUGUGCAUUCAGCAAUGGCUCGGCCUGGUGCUGAAACUAAUGGUGACCGGCAUGACGGUCAUUCUGGUCGGGGUUGCUGUACCUCUGCGCGGACAAGUGAGCCCUGGUUUAUUGGGUAUUGCCCUAAUUGGGAUGAUGGAUCUAGGAAAUAUCCUCUCAGACCUGAUCCAGAGCUGGACUCUCCUAGAAACGUCUUUGGGUGCGAUUUCUAGGAUUAAGGAGUUCUCGGAAGAUACACCCAGCGAGGAACAAUAUGCAGCCUAUGAGCAGCUUCCAGACACACAAUGGCCAAGUGGCGGUGAUAUCUCAUUCGUUGGUGCAGACAUUGCAUAUGAGUCUGAGCACACAGAUCCCGUGUUGCACAGUGUUCAUCUGGAUAUUCGUACCGGGGAGAAAGUUGGGUUGUGUGGUAGGACCGGAAGUGGCAAGAGCACCCUGGCUCUAUCACUACUCCGUCUUAACGAGGUAGUUUCUGGCCAGAUCCUUAUUGAUGGAAUAGACAUCUCGACAAUUCCUCGAUCAUUGAUUCGGCAUCGGAUCAGUUCUCUCAGUCAAGAAGCCUUCCUUUUCCCUGGUACUAUUCGGCAAAACAUCGAUCCUUUAGGUCUCGCCACCGAUAUUGAUAUCAUCGAAGCUCUCAAAUGUGUCGAAAUCUGGAAUUCCCUUGUGUCUGCGACGAACAGCGGCGCUAACAAUGGAGUGUUGCUAGAUGCAAUAUUGACUGACACGACUUUGUCUGAAGGUCAGAAACAGCUGUUUUGCCUAGGAAGGGCGCUUCUGAAGAAAAGUAAUAUUCUGAUCCUAGAUGAGCCUACAAGCAGCCUGGAUGUAGAGACAGAUGCCAAAGUCCAGCAGAUCAUUCGCCAGGAAUUCCAGAACUGCACUAUCAUUAUGGUUGCGCAUAGAGUUCAUACCAUGCUCGACUUUGACCGAGUUGUCGUUCUGGAUAGUGGUCGAAUCAUAGAAGAAGGACAUCCAUCGGAAUUGCUGGCGGACAAAGAAGGCGUGUUCUCAAGUCUGCAUCAUCUGGAGCAGUCAACAGGAAGUAAACAGGAGCUCUGA